UACAUUGAAAAUAGCAUACAAAGCCAACUGAAUAGUUCCAAUUAGUUACUAGCUCGCCUGAUGCUAGAAAUCAGAAUAUAAAACAAAAAAUGUUUAAUAUCACUAAAAUGCCUCUCCUUAACUGUCCAAUAUGUAGAAAAAUGUUUUCAAAUCCAAGGAAUAUGAAGUAUCAUAUAUAUUUACACACAGGUGAACGUCCCUUUAGAUGUUUGACAUGUGAGAAAACAUUUAUUAGAAAAUCUCAGGUAAAAAAUCAUUUGUUUACACAUUCUGGGAAGUAUCCUUACAAGUGCACUACUUGUGGAAAAUCCUUCAAAACUAGCAGCGAGAUGAAGAUUCAUACAUUGGUUCACACGACAGAGCGACCUUAUAAGUGCACUACUUGUGGAAAAUCCUUCAAAAGAAAGAAAAAUAUGAAGCAACAUACAUUGGUUCACACAGGAGAGCGACCUUACAAGUGCAUUACUUGUGGAAAAUCCUUCAAAACUAGCAGCGAGAUGAAGAUUCAUACAUUGGUUCACACGACAGAGCGACCUUAUAAGUGCACUACUUGUGGAAAAUCCUUCAAAACCAGCAGAAAUAUGAAGAGACAUACAUUGGUUCACACGGGAGAGCGACCUCAUAAGUGCACUACAUGUGGAAAAUCCUUCCAAACCAGCAGAAAUAUGAAGAGACAUACAUUGGUUCACAUGGGAGUGCAACCUUAUAAGUGCAUUACUUGUGGAAAAUGCUUCAAAAUCAACAGCCAUUUGAAGAGACAUACAUUGGUUCACACGAGAGAGCGACCUUAUAAGUACACUACUUGUGGAAAAUCCUUCAAAACUAGCAGCGAGAUGAAGAUUCAUACAUUGGUUCACACGACAGAGCGACCUUAUAAGUGCACUACUUGUGGAAAAUCCUUCAAAACCAGCAGAAAUAUGAAGAGACAUACAUUGGUUCACACGGGAGAGCGCCCUCAUAAGUGUACUACAUGUAGAAAAUCCUUUAAAACCAAGCAUGAAAUUAAGGUUCAUACAUUGGUCCACACGGGAGAGCGCCCUUAUAAGUGCAUUACUUGUAGAAAAUCCUUUAAAACCAAGCAUGAAAUUAAGGUUCAUACAUUGGUCCACACGGGAGAGCGCCCUUAUAAGUGCAUUAUUUGUGGAAAAUCCUUUAAAACAAAGCAUGAAAUGAAGGUUCAUACAUUGGACCACACGGGAGAGCGACCUCAUAACUCGGCGGUGAUGACGGAACCCGAGCCUCGCGGCAGCCACCGAGCCACCCCGGUGAAUCGGGGAGCGCAGGGAGAGGCAGAGUCGGGUAGUAAAUGGUGGUCGAUGGAUUAG